CAUCGCUGUUUUUCGAUUUCAGAGACAGAUCAUACUUAGCAGAUCGGAUGGACCGUCUUACUCUCGCCUCAAGCUACUUCAAUGGCUGUUUUCUUCCAUCCGUCUCUUUUUCUUCACGAGGAAGAAGCUGCCUCUUUUUCUCUUUCUCCCGUCGACCCUCAUCACUGGUUUUCGCUUCUAAAGACGAACCUCAACUCAACCAUUGGGACCAAAUGGAACUCAAGUUCGGGCGAAUGAUUGGCGAAGACCCUAAAUUAACCCUCGCUAAGAUAAUUGGAAGAAAAUCCAACCCAGAUGUCUCUUUUCUCGAUAUCGAAAAAUCCUUUCGGACAAAGAAAGGAAAAUUGAGUGAUGAUGAUGAUUUCGAUGAGAUUCCAUUUGAUGGAAUCACUGGAGAAGGCCAGUCGUCUAGUUCAUUGAACAACUUGAAUUUGGUCAGGCCUGUUCCUAAGAAAGGGAUCAAAUUCGAAGCCCAAGAUAAACCAACUGUCUCGGAGAUAAGAAAGCCAAGCCAAUCAGUAGGGAAGGUGGUUAAUGUUACUAAGAGUAGCGUUCCUAACGUUAUCUUGCGAAAGCCGACUAACUUUCAAGAGGAUGAUAUUGAGGUGGGCAAGUCUUCGUCGAGGUUGAAAAUUAAACCCAAUUUGUUAUUGAAAAUGAGGAAGGAACAACCCAUGGAGAACUUUACCGAUAUAACACUGUUAAAGAAACCUGAACCAAUGAGAAUCGCUACCGACACCAUUACCGACCAAAACACUGCGUCUUCUGGGGAUUCUGUUGACUCAGGUUCUGGUGAAGCUCAAGAAUGCAGCUUAGAAUCGUCCGGUGAGUUGGAAACAAUUAGUAAAGCAAAGGUUGCUGAUGAACUUGAGGAGGAUACUUUGAACAGUGGAGGUAAUCAGCCGCUUGAGCAGAGUGAUUUGGGUUCUGUUGGGAAGGAAGCUGCCGUUCCUCAUUCUUUGAAUGAAAUUUCCCCGGAGGCUACGUUGCAAGGAAAACCUCUGAUGUUAAACACAUCAACAAGAGAAACAUCUCAACCUGCUAAAGUGGAGACAGUUCGUGAAAGUGCUAAGGUCUUUAAUGAUGCUGCUGAAGUCGAGCAUUUUCUAGCAUCAACAUCUCUAGGGGAGCGUGAAGAUACUGAUUGGGCAAAGGCCGAAGAUAUGCAGAAGACAGGAAGACGGGAAGAAGUGGAACUGAUCAGCUGCAGCACCCGAGGUUUUGUUGCAUCUUUUGGGUCUUUGAUCGGCUUUUUGCCAUACCGAAAUCUUGGUACCAAGUGGAAAUUCUUAGCUUUUGAAUCAUGGUUGAGAAAGAAUAGCCUUGAUCCAUCCGUCUACAAGAAAAAAUUAGGCAUUAUUGGAAAUGGUGAAUUUCGAAACAAGAAGUAUUCUCUGGAUGAAAACCUGAAUCUGGAAAAGGGUCAGAAAAAUGAAGUAUUGUCACCACAUAUGAAAUUUGAAGAUCUUAUUGAGAUAUAUGACCAAGAGAAACUCAAAUAUUUGUCAUUAUUUGUUGGUCAGAGAAUCAAAGUAAGUGUGGUACUGGCUGACAGAAAGUCAAGAAGGCUAAUAUUCUCAGGGAAACCAAAAGAAAGAGAAGAAUUGGUUGAGAAGAAAAGAAGUCUCAUGGCUCAACUCAAUGUUGGGGAUGUUGUCAAAUGUUGCAUAACAAAAAUCACUUAUUUUGGCAUAUUUGUUGAGGUUGAUGGAGUACCUGCACUGAUUCACCAGUCAGAAGUGUCAUGGGAUGCCACUUUGGACCCCUCGUCAUUUUUCAAAAUUGGUCAGAUCGUGGAGGCAAAAGUUCACCAAUUGGAUUUUGUACUUGAACGCAUCACUUUAUCAUUGAAGGAAAUUACGCCAGACCCACUAAUAGAAGCCUUAGAGUCUGUAGUAGGUGAUCAUAAUUUAUUGGAUGGGAGAUUUGAAGCAACACAACCGAAUGUUAAGUGGGCUGAUGUGGACUCACUUAUCAAAGAACUUGAGCAGAUUGAAAGCAUUGAAUCUGUCUCCAAAGGUCGUUUUUUCUUGAGCCCUGGUUUGGCUCCAGCAUUUCAGGUAUACAUGGCAUCCAUGUUUGAAAAACAAUACAAGUUACUUGCUCGAUCUGGAAAUAAAGUACAAGAGGUGAUAGUGCAAUCAUCCUUGGAUAAAGAAGAGAUGAAAGCUGCAAUAUUGACAUGUACAAAUAGAGUGGAGUAAACAGAUCCCAUUUUACUAGGUUUAUUGAUUUGUUGUAAAUCCCCAUCACCCUGUGUUUGACCAAGAUAGCCAAUUUAAUCCCACAAUAUCUACAUAGAAAAGUUAAGAAGAGAAAAAUGAAAA